AAGUUUAAAAACCACUUGCAUAAGUGCAGCUAGUUUACUCUUAUCGUGCACCACACUUGCUCCUCUCAAUCCAUGGCUCCUCUUCUCCUCCUCUUCUUCACCCUUCUUCUUUCCUAUCUCCUCUACUACUACUUCUUCUCCAAGGAAAGGACAAAAGGGAGCCGAGCUCCACUGCCGCCAGGCCCGAGGGGCUGGCCGGUUCUUGGCAACCUCCCCCAGCUCGGCCCAAAACCCCACCACACGCUCCACGCCCUGUCUAGGGCCCACGGACCGCUCUUCCGCCUCCGCCUCGGCUCGGUCGACGUCGUCGUAGCCGCCUCCGCCGCUGUCGCCGCUCAGUUCCUCCGCGCCCACGACGCCAACUUCUCGAACCGCCCGCCCAACUCCGGCGCCGAGCAUAUCGCCUACAACUACCAGGAUCUGGUCUUCGCUCCCUACGGGCCCGGGUGGCGGGCCCGCCGAAAGCUCCUCAACGUCCACCUCUUCUCCGGCAAGGCCCUCGAGGACCUACGGCCGGUCCGGGAGGGCGAGCUUGCGCUCCUCGUGCGGGCCCUCCGGGACCGGGCUGGCGCGAAUGAGUUGGUGGAUUUGGGCAGGGCCGCGAACAAGUGCGCCACCAACGCGCUGGCCCGGGCCAUGGUGGGCCGGCGGGUGUUCCAGGAGGAGGAGGACGAGAAGGCGGCGGAGUUCGAGAACAUGGUGGUGGAGCUGAUGAGGCUCGCCGGAGUUUUCAACGUCGGGGACUUCGUGCCCGGGAUCGGGUGGCUGGACCUCCAGGGGGUGGUACGGCGGAUGAAGGAGUUGCACCGCCGCUACGACGGAUUCCUGGACGGGCUCAUCGCCGCGCACCGCCGGGCGGCGGAGGGCGGCGGGGGAGGGGGGAAGGAUCUCCUAAGCGUGCUUCUCGGGCUGAAGGACGAGGACUUGGACUUCGACGGCGAGGGUGCCAAGCUCACCGACACGGACAUCAAAGCGCUGCUCCUGAACUUAUUCACGGCAGGGACAGACACCACGUCGAGCACCGUCGAGUGGGCAUUAUCAGAACUCGUCAAGCAUCCAGAUAUCCUCAGAAAGGCCCAGCUUGAGCUCGACUCCGUUGUGGGCGGAGACCGGCUCGUCUCUGAGUCAGACCUGCCCAACCUCCCCUUCAUGCAGGCAAUCAUCAAGGAGACGUUCCGGCUCCACCCAUCGACGCCACUCUCCCUUCCCCGCAUGGCCGCGGAAGAAUGCGAGGUCGCCGGCUACUGCAUUCCCAAGGGCGCAACUCUCUUAGUGAACGUAUGGGCCAUCGCACGCGACCCGGCCGUGUGGCGUGACCCGCUCGAGUUCCGUCCUGCCCGGUUCCUCCCGGACGGCGGCUGCGAGGGCAUGGAUGUGAAGGGGAAUGACUUUGGGAUCAUACCAUUUGGUGCCGGCCGGAGGAUUUGUGCCGGCAUGAGCCUGGGUAUAAGGAUGGUCCAGUUCAUGACAGCUACGUUGGCGCAUGCUUUUCAUUGGGACUUGCCGGAGGGUCAGAUGCCGGAGAAGUUGGACAUGGAGGAGGCUUAUGGGCUCACCUUGCAAAGGGCUACGCCAUUGAUGGUGCACCCUGUUCCAAGGCUAGCCCCCACGGCAUACCAGUCUUAGUCACUGGAGAUUUCAUUGUAUACUGUAUGCUCCUUCCACCCCUACCCCCUCCUCCUCUCCUGGCUCUUUGGUUUUGUGUGUAUGCAUGUGUUGUCAUGCCAUACUAUUUCUCUUAAUAAUAAAAUGUUUCCAUUUACCAAUUGUUA